AGUUGGCGCGACCCCAUUUCUACUCGCCCGACUCGGAAAAGCGUGGCGAUGGUGCAAGAUGCGGCAUGGCGACGGACUUGGGUAUCGGCACGGCGGUGCUGUUCAACGACAACCUGCCGCACCUGGCGGGGACGCUGCAAGAGGCCCUGCAAGAGCAUGCUCAGCAAGGCUUAGGCUGCGCCGUGUCAGAUUUCGUGGUGGCGGCGAAGCAGCAAGCACUGGACGCCUUGAGGGAUGAGGACCCUUUCGCGAGAAAGGAGCUAGAGGCGCCGCGGCUGCUGGAGGUCUACGGGCGCUACGGGGAGGUGCUGCACCUCUGCCCGCAGGCGGUGCUGCAGGCCACCGGCGCCAAGCUGGAAGGCCUGCUUCAGCAAUUGCGCAGCAGCUGCAACUCUGAGAUGGUGCACGCGUGUCGGGCCACUACACCAUUCAUGUUCGACGUCUUCAUCUACUACGUGUUGCUGAAGUAUGGACUGGUGGACCUCUACGCCCGAGCCGGCAACGUGUCUGCGGAGGUCUACGAUGGGUGGCCAGUCGAGCAACAGGAACGGCGGCUAUGGUACCUCUUCGGGGCCUUGUGGCGUGUAAUUUGGCCGGAGCGGGACUACUGUGCGUGUGUGGAAGCGUAUGACUACCACACGACGAUGCACGCCCUCUUCGAGACAUCUCUGAACAUAGGUCGGGGAGACUUGCACCAGCGGCUUUUGCGCAAGGGCAGCGAGAUAAGGCGAGUCGUGGAGGCAGCCGAGUACUGUGAAGAGUGGCUCGAGAAGGACUUCCAGCGGAUCUUCUCCUCCUAUGCCAAGCAUUCCGCCUGCCUGCCAGGGGCACUCAUGGAGAACUUGGUGUGUUUGCAGCGCUGGCUGCUGAGUGGCAAGGUGGCCGGCAGCCUCAACACCGCAGAGAUGAUGGUGAAGCUGCUGACGUUGAGCGAUACUUGCCUCGAGGACACCAAGUGGCCAUUUACGAAGGCGGACGUCAUGUACAACUUCGCGCGGCUGGCCUUCAACUGGCGGGCGGGGAAUGUGGGCUGCCACGCCAUGGACCGCUUCGGGCAGCAGCUACAGACGGAGCACUGCGCCGUCUUAGGCCCAGAGGCAUACGGCCGCCUCUUGUGGCGCCCCUCGCCGCUGGCAGCCCCGGCCAGCGAGGUCGAGUGCACCUUUGAUUUCUCCGAUGCCUGCGUCGUGGAGGGCGUGGUUACGGUCCGUCAAAGUGCGCCGCUUUCGGCGCCGGAGCAUCUCCAGAGCUGUUCGGAGACCGGAAGGAACCGGCACCCGCUGCGGCUGGUACGUGAGCUUGACACCAGCGACCGCGCGCAUGUGGGAUUUGUGCUGAAUUUGCCGGAGAGCGGGGACAACGUGUGGCACAACCUGCACUGGCUGGUGCCUGCGGUAGCACGCCUGGCGCGAAGACGGACGCAGCCGCGAAACGUGCUACUGAUGUUGCUCUUUGACGCCUACCUCUUCCGGGAAGACGAGCUGGAGCCAGCCCAGAAUGAGGUGGAGAAGGAGCUACAGCAGGCGGAACAGAUGCAGAGGUUCGAGCAGUGGGUGGUGAGGCACGCGCCGAUGCUGCGGCUGCUCACCUCUGCCCCGCCGGUGCUGCUGCACUCGGUGAAGCGGCGCUGCUUUGAGGUGCUGCUCUGGGGCCACGCGGAGAUGCGCGCAGACCGGGAGCUGCGGCACCGCACGGCGGUGAAGGCGGAGGAUGUGGCGAUGUUUAAGGAGGCCUUGGGUGACCUGCACGGCAAGGAGAUGGACGCCAUGGCUGCCAAGUUCUGGCAGCGAGCUAUGGGCUCGGCGAGUUCAGGCGCCGUCCGAGUGCUGGUCAUUCAGCGCGCCUUCGCCCACGGCCGCUCCUUCCUUGGCUGGGCCAAUCUGACGGAAGCGGCGCUGGCGCCGCUGGCACAAAGCGGCCAGGCGGCGUGGCGGGCGUUGGAUGACCUGGAGCAACGGCCGCUCUUGCAGCAGGCGGCCUACUUCCGCAGCGCGGAGGUCUUGGUGGGCGCCGUGGGGGCGGCGCUGGGCUGGCUGCUUUUGAUGCGCCCCGGUGCCCAAGUCCUGGAGUGGAUUCCACGUGGAGUGCAGCCCUGCCUCUACCGCUGCAGCGAGCAGUGGAAUGUGGAUGGCCUGGGCAUGUUCGGCGGUCUCGGCAGGUUGGCGCUGGUGGACCACGUGUGCCUGCGCAGCGAGGCGGCGCUGCUCCAGGUGCCGGACAGCAAGCGCUUCUCUGCGGCGCGGGCCACGGCGCGGGAGGCCUACUGGCGCCAUGAGAACCUGGCGGUGGACGGCUUCAAGUUCGCACGCUGGGUGGCGGAAGCGGUGCGGAGGGCCGAGGCCAAGCGCUCGGACUGUCCGAUGGGAGAAGAUGUGAAAGAGCCGGAGCCAAAGCGAGCCCGGACCGAUGCGGAGAUUCUGGGCUUUGAGGCCUUGAGACGUGUGGGCUACGGGGCUGAGGCGGAAGCCGAGGAGGCGGCCCGUGCGAAAGCCUCGCUGGAGGGUAGCUUUUGCGCUCUACAGCAAAAGGCCAAGGAGGAGGCUGCCAGCCGCUUCAAAGUGGAAGUGGUUGAGCAGAAAGAGGAAGAGGACAGCCACCAGAUGGGGUGCGAGGAGCCUCCAGAGAGUAUCGAGGUCUACGAUGAGCAAGCCGCACAAAGAGGCGAGGAUGCUGAAAACCAGUGGCCUCCCUGGUCAACGCUGGAGGCGGCGGAGGAGGGGCUCACGAAGCCGCUGGUGGACGCCAUGCGGGCGGUGGGCUUCACCGAGCCCACGCCCAUCCAGGCGCAGGCCUGGCCUAUCCUGUGCUCGGGCCGGGAUCUGAUCGGUGUGGCCAGGACAGGCUCGGGGAAGACGCUCGCCUUCCUGCUGCCAUGUUUUGCGAUUCUGCUGAAGGAAGGCUUGCGCUCCAGGAUGGGCACUGGCACCGGCCCCGGGGACGACUCCUCGCUGCCGGUGCAGAUGCAGAAGCAGGCCGCCGGCCCCGGCGCAUACUCCCCCGAGGUCCUUGUGAUCGCUCCCUCGCGCGAGCUCGCGGCGCAGAUCGAGACCGAGGCGCGCCGGUUCACAGCUGCCACGGGCAUUGUGACCUUGGCGUGCUAUGGUGGGGAGGGCACCAGACGAGAGACGCUCGGCCGUCUCAGAGAGCGCCCAGAAUGCGUCGUUGGCACGGUUGGCAGGCUGAUAGACUUCAUCGAUAAUGAGAAGCAUUGGUUCGGCGUGAAGAACGUUCGGUUUCUCAUCCUUGACGAGGCGGAUGCCAUGAUUGGGGAAGGCCUGGAUGCGAACAUCAGGAAGAUCACCAUUGACGUGGAGACCCCGCGCAGGCAGACGAUGCUCUUUUCUGCCACCUUUGCAGAUGACGCCACAGCCUUGAGAGGUUCCUUGUUGGUUCUCCUUUCGCUGAUCGGCUGCGCAGCUGGGAUGCGCGACGACAAGAUCACCUCAGCUCUCGCGCUGGAGGAGCUCACUCGGCACGGGGACCUCUACAACUACAUCAAUUUGAAGGUGAUGACGGGUGAUCAGCUGGCAAGAGUUCAAGGAGAACACGAAGGUGCCCAGGAGCUCACGCUUCCUGCGCACGUGCUUGCGGCCAUGCACGUGUCGAGCUCAGCCAAGACAUUCCUCUACUCCUAUACGCACAAGGCCUUCCUGUACCUGGACCUGCAAAAACAGGUGGUCUCCGGUUUGCAGGUGGCGGGCAUGGCGGAGGACCUCGUGAUCCAACUGCCCUUCGGGUCCGAGGAGACCAUCUCGGACUCCGAACGGCUCGACUUCGCGCUGCAGCCGGUGACGGUGCCCAGCCUCAAGGAGAAAGGUGUCUCCGAGUUCAAAUAUGUUACCGCGGCUGCUCUGGGCAAGAGGGGGGGCGGAGGGUUUGUCUACAAGUUCGCGGACGGGCACUUCGCCUUUAAGCAAGUCAAGCCAUCGGCGGAUCAAUCAGGUGGAUCUUUGUACAAAUACAUCAACCUCCGCGUUCUGAAGGACUCAGAAGUGGCCGCGCUCGAGGCCAACAAGUUUACGGGUGCGCAUGAGGAGCCGCAAGCGCUCACGUUGCCAGCAGCCGCGCUGAAUAAGAUGCAUGUGAGCACGAGGACCAAGUUCUUCUUUUACUCCUACCAGCACAAGGCCUUCCUCUAUUUGGACGAGUCAAAGGCUGUGGUCUCCGCCUUGGGUGUCAUUGGCAUGGACAGUUCCCUCAUGAUCCAGUUGGCCUUUGCACACCAUGUGCACGUGGACUCGGUCGCAGCUUCAGUGACACUGCACGAGGUCACGGUGCCCAGUCUGAAGGCCUUGGGCGCCGAGACCUUCGCCUAUGUCAAGGCGGCCGAGGUGGGCAAAAGCGGCAGUGGCGGCUUCCUGUACCACUUUGGCGACAGGCACUACGACUUCAAGCAGGUCAGCGACCUGGCCACCUGGAUCAGUCGGCAUGCCGUGGAAGUGCGUGUCGGGAUGAAGGAUCCUUUAAAGGCCAACAAAGACGUGAAACAGGAGGUCAUCAUCGCCAAGGACGAGCACGACAAGGAGGGCGCCCUCAAGAGUCUGCUCCGCAAGCUGUACAGCAACCAGCACAAGAAUCCCGGCAAGGUGCUCAUUUUCGCCUUCGACCACGACGAGUGCGACUCCUUAGCCAAGAAGAUCAAGGCAGCUCUACAGGGCUGCCACGUGGAAGUGCUCCACGGGAACAAGAAGCAAGCAGAGCGCGAGCUUGCCAUGAAGCGCUUCCGGAACGGGGACUCCUGGCUCAUGGUGGCCACGAGCAUCGCGGGGCGGGGCUUGGACAUCAAGGACAUCAACUUGGUCAUCAACUACGACCCGCCUGAGGACGGCCAGGACUACGUGCACCGCAUCGGGCGCACGGCGCGGGCGGGGCGCAAGGGCACCGCCAUCACGCUGCUCCGCAAAGGCCCGGAGAGAGCAGGUCCCGAUGGGUCGGGGCCCUGGUGUUUGCAAGCCGACCUCGGGGCCAUAGAGCCGCGGGUAUCCCAGCACCUUACGCGCAGUGCCGACAUAUUGCUGGAGAGGCGGGCGAUGAUCUACAUCACCCAGGUCAUGCGCAGGAGUGGCAAGGAAGUCCCGCAGGACCUCAUCGAGGCCUUGAAGCAGCGCCGCGGCCGCGACAUGGGUGCGAAGCUGAGCUGGGGAGCCUGGCGCUUCCGCGCUUCCGAGGCCUGGCGGCGCAGGUGCUCCAGGGCCUCACGACCCAGACGCUGA